AGAUUGAACAAGAUCUGUCAAUUUCGCCCUCAUGCUAGAAGCCAUAGCAGCAAUUUGGAAUGGCAAUGUCAGCCAAUCAGCUCCUUUGUUCAACAGCACGUUCCAUUCCAUAAUGGCUGCCAGUGCUGUGGCUACCGCUAUCUAGCAUGUGGACGAAAAUUAGCAAAUCGUUCAAUCUUCUCGGUGUAACAGUUGGGAUAGUGGGACAAUUUGAAGUACAACACAUUUCUCAUCCCUGGAUUGAGGGGCAGAGUGAACUGUCUUCCUCUUCUUCCAGAGUGCGUCAGAAGCUGGAGAGCCUGCUGAACAAGAACAUGAGAAUCAGAAUGACAGACGGACGGACGCUGGUGGGACUGUUCUUGUGCACAGAUAGAGACUGCAACGUCAUCCUGGGGUCCGCUCAGGAGUUCCUCAAAUCCUCAGACUCCUUCUCCCAGGGUGAGCCCAGAGUGCUGGGGUUAGCCAUGAUUCCCGGCCACCACGUGGUCUCCAUCGAGGUGGAGUCAGACACCCUGGCCGACACACAGGGGUUUGGGGGCAGCCACUGAAGAACAAGCUGAGCUCACCCAAAGUCGGAAGACACGGUCCUAGAAAAGGCUACAGUACAGACUUGAAAUGGGAGAAUUCAAUCAAGGGAAUUCCAGAUGUGGCUGAUUUCUGGUGCCAGUGUCGUGGGUUUACCAGUCAGAGCCAAGAUAGGUGCGAAAUGUAACCAAGCAUCCCCAGUGACAUUAGUGUGUGUGAAGUUAAUACGGAGUAUGAAAGGUAUUUGCGCAAUAAGGGGCAUGGGACUGAGCCAGACAGUACAGUAUAUGUCAGUGUGAUAAAUGUUUUUCAAUACAUUUCAGUAUUUAAACCUGUGUCUGAUCUGUCAAUGAGGAAUGAUGCAGACGUUCCUUAUAUACUGGUAGUGCAGCAGUUACAUGUAG